AUGGCUGAAACGCCUUAUGAGUCCCCAAGUGAUGUCUCCGAACUGGACCCGGAGUCGGCUGUUUUGGUGCCAAUUCAACAGCGUAUAGAGGCACAAUUACGGAAGCAUCUUCAAGAGGUAUCACAGCAGCUUUACGAUGUCAAAAAUGAACUUGUUACUGUUCAAAAGGAAAGGGAAAAAUAUGGUGUUGAACUUUACAAUGCUCAACAACAUCUAGCAAAGUUACAGGAAACAUUGGAGAAACAACAUGAAAAGCAUGUGUCAGUCCAACGGCAGUACGAGGAAAAGUUACAAGAACGAGAGGAAAUUUCCACACAAGCUGAUAGCCUUCGAAAAGAAAUUGAGGAUUACCAGCGACAACACGAGCGGCAACAAGCGGAUCUUGCAAAACUAACCGAAACAAUUGUCAAGGUUCAACAAUUCAAUGACCAGCUUAAAAAAGAGGUUCAGGUAGAACGUCGUGCUGCCUACAAGACUGAAGAAGAUAUUACAAAUUUGGAAAGAGAAAAGUUGAAGCAAGAUAAUAUGAUUGAUGUCCUUGAAAAAAGAGUAAUACUUGUUGAGGAGGAAGUGGCCACAGUGAAUACACAGAUUGAAAGUCAACAAAAAGAAACCAAGCGAGCGAGAGAAAUUUUGGCGGAGGCAUUAGCAGAAAUGGAGGCCAUCAAUUUUGAGAAAAAACAAUUGGUGCAACAAUGGAAAAGUACCCUUAUUGGAAUGCAGCGUCGUCAUGAAGCCAUGAAAAAGACAGAAGAAGCCCUUCAGCAACAGAAAGAUGACUUACAAGCUCUAGAGAAUGAGAUAACGGGUUGCCGAAAAGAUAUACAAGGUGUUCAAACGGAAACGUCAAAAUUAAUGGAGUUUAUGUCACGUGUUGAUAAUGAAGUGACCGUUUUGGAGAAGCAAAUUGAUGCUCUUGUUGAGAGAAAAGAAAAAAGCGCUCAAUCAUAUGCAAUGCUUAAAAAUAAUUUGGAGCAAACCGAUGCCGAAACAAAGAAACUGGAAUAUGAGGCUCGUACUCACGCUUCUGAAGUCACAAAUAUCGACAGGAAAAUACAAAAAUGUGCAAGGGAUGUUCGUUCCAUGGAGAACGAUAUUGUUGAAGCACUUAGUAAGCAGUCAACCCUUAAGCAAGAAGGAAGUGGCACGUUACAAGAAAUUGAGAAAAUCAAGGGUUCCAUUAGAGUCAAAGAACUUCAAGUGACACAAAUGGAAAAUGAACUUGCUCGUAUACGAGUGGAUACACUACAAGCUCAAUCACAUAAUGAGACAUUAAAAUCUACAUUGGGUGAAUUGGAGAAGGAGUUACAAUCUCGUGGUGUAUUGAUUGAACGAAUGCAAAUGGAUAUACGCCGUAGACAUGAUGAAAUUGAUAGAAAACAGAAACAGUUGGAUCAACUGAAUCAUCAGUAUGAAGGAUUGUUGGCUGCACAAGUCUCUGAUAAGGGGGAACAUGUUGGUCCGUUAGAAGCUACCAUUAAUAGUUUGUCAAGGGCUAUUACAGAAAAAGUUAAUGAGAAUGAAGCUCUCCAACAAGAGUGGAUUAAACUUCAGACAGAGUUGGUAAAUUGCAAAAACAAUGCAAAUGAGGUUAAUGAAGCCAUUCUUGAACUCCAGGCAGAGGCCACGGUUUUGAUGCAAAAAAGAGAGAGACUUUUGGCAAACAUUGCGAAUGAAAAGAAAGAAAUUAUCAGUUUGGAGAACAAAGCAAAUGCGAUGCAUAUUGAGAUGAAGAAGGUAAAUACUCAACUUAGCAAAAACUCUGAAGAUCAAAAAAACAUUGCGAACGAAGCUUUUCUUCUUGAAAAUGACCUUAUUCGACGACUGCAAGAAAAGAAAAGAGAAGCCAUUGAACUGGAACUUAAGGUGGAAGAAACUCGACAAACCAAGACUGAUUUACUCGAACAGAUUAUGAAUUGUGAGCGGGACAUUUUGUUUUGGGAAAGAAAAAUGCAGAUUGCAAAAGAAACGGAGAUGGCACUUGAUCCAACGGUUGGAAGGGCGGAAGUCGAAAAAAUGAGGAAAGAAAUAGGAAUUAUGGAAAAACGCAUGAAUGACCUUCAAAGAGAACAACGCUUUUUAGUUGAGGAAAUGCAGAGGUCGAUUGACCAUCGUGAGAUAAUUCGAACAAAAGGUCAGGCGAUCCAAAAUUCGACCAAGAAGAACGGGAGAGGGGCCACGAGACUAGAUGUGGAUAAGGAAAGUGCCAGGAUGUUUAAGGAGCUCAAUGAAAAAAGAGAAGAGGCGCAACUGAAGGAAAGACUUAUUAGAGAAAGUCUUGUCGAAAUUGAGAAAAAGACUAACGAAAUUGAAACCAUUCAACGUGAAGUUGAAAACCUUGACGAGCAAGUAACAGAACUUCAAGCACAGUUGUUGUCAGCACAAAAAGAGUGUGACCGACUGGAAGAUGAGAAAAGGAUAAAAAAUACAACUCUUCAGCGUCUUCGUGACGCUGAAAACGGUGCUUACAAUUUGGCAGUUAGUCCAGAGGAGCUCAAUGAGGAAGUUACACACCUUGAAGAAAAGCGAAGAACGUUAGUUGAGAUUAUAGAUGAUUUAACAAAUCGGUAUCCUCAAUUGGAGGAGGAAUUGUCUGACAUUCUUUCAGCACUUUAA